AUGAAUGAAAAGCAGAAGGCCUGCGAGGCCCCGCUUACACAGGAUGGAGCGGAUGGGGGCCUGGCUAAGCAGAUGGGGGAUGAGCGCGCAGCUGAGCCGGACUCGGAGGAGGUGACGCCCGCACGCCCCGGGGCUGCUGCGGCACUGCGGAUGCGGCCUGGGAGGAGAGCGGCGGAGAAGCCCUGCGCGGUCCCUGCUUCCCACUCCAGGAUGCUGUUGUAUGCCAGGAGGUACGAGGCGGAGCAGCUAGGCGUCAGCGGUACAGCCGCCCAGGUUAGCCUCUCGGUGAGCCCGCGUCAUCUCCCACCCUGGAUGAGACGCAGUCUUCGUGCUUCUCCUCGAGAUUCAGGUAGCUUCCGUUCUCAGCAAGCCGAGGUCAUGGCUGAAGACUUCCAGAAAACAUAA